UGUUUUUCUUUUCCGCGGCUCCCCGCUCCCUUGGAGCGCUGCUCAAGCUGCACCCCGCUCGCUCCGAGCUCUGGGCUCCUGCUAAACUAAUGCCGCCAUCGUCUCCCUUCAGCCACCAUCAUGAUUUAUCUACUGGGACCUCAUCAGCCAUGAUGAGAUGUUUUCCCACAUUUACAAAAUCCGGGAGAUUGUGGAUGGGCUGUGCCUGGAGGUGGAGGGGAAAUUGGUAAGUAGGACAGAAGGUAACAUUGAUGACUCGCUCAUUGGUGGAAAUGCCUCCGCUGAAGGUACUGAAAGCAAAGGUACCGAAAGCACAGUAAUCACUGGUAUCCUUACUGUCAUGAACCAUCACCUGCAGGCAACAAGCUUCACAAAAGAAGCCUACAAGAAGUAUAUCAAGCACAUCCUUGCUAAUUUCAAAAGCUACCACUUCUUUGCUGGUGAAAAUGUGAAUCCAGAUGGCAUGGUUGCUCCACAGGACUACCGUGAGGUUGGUGUAACCCAUAUGGGAUUUCCUUUAAGGAUGGCUUAGAAAUGGAAAAAAAAUUAACAAAUUUGGCAAUGACUUUGGAUCUAUUACCUGUCAUCAUAACUGGCUUCUGCUUGUCAACCACACAACACCAGGACUUAAGACAAAUGGGACUGAUGUGAGAUCU